AAAAAAUGUCGGGACGCAAACAACAAGUUAUGGUACAGCCAAUAAAUGUAAUCUUCAAGUAUCUUCAACAGCGAACAAAAAUUCAAAUCUGGCUUUAUGAUAAUGUUGAUUGCAGGUUAGAAGGUCGUAUAAUUGGCUUCGACGAGUAUAUGAAUGUUAUUUUGGAUGAUGUAGAGGAAGUUUUCUAUGGUAAAAAGCAAUCACAGCCAAGGAAUUCUCUAGGACGGAUAUUACUCAAAGGAGACAAUAUCACUUUGAUACAGCCAGUCGUUUAGAUUGGUCUUCGUAAUCUAGUUCUAAAUAAUAAGUUUAAUUCAUGUAAGAUCUCCUAUAUUUUAAUCAUUUAAAAGGUAAAAAGAAUAUAAUGCAUUUUUU